AUGGCUUUCUUAUUCAAAUCCAAAAAGGCUCAGCAGGGCUCCGCGCUGCCCCCGGCGACUCGCAAUGUCCACACCUCCGAAGGCGCACCUUCAACAGGAUCACCUCCCGUGCCGAACGGAGCGAGAGCGGAUGGCACAACCUCUCAGACACCAACUCCCAGUGGUUCCUUCAGUCACUCACUCAACACGGCGAGUCCAACUAGCCCGGACGCAGUUCGUCCGCGGCAAAGAGCGGAAUCAGAGUCUCAGGGUCCACGACCACAAGCACCACCAAAUGGUAUCCCACCUCCGAGCCCGAAUUCAUCUCUUUACCCAUGGUCACAACGCCGUCUAAAUUUCUCCUCCCCGCAAACGAAUCCGUUCCCUCGAUAUGGCGCCGCAAUCAAUUCCGUGGCUUCCAAGGAAGGAGACAUAUACAUGAUGGGUGGCUUGAUUGACGGAUCCACGGUGAAGGGAGAUCUGUGGAUGAUCGAAAGCAGCGCUGGUAGCUUGAAUUGUGUUCAGGUCGCAACCGUAUCCGAGGGUCCUGGCCCGCGAGUUGGUCAUGCCAGUUUACUUGUCGGAAACGCUUUCAUUGUGUUCGGAGGCGAUACUAAAAUUGACGAGAACGAUAGCUUGGACGACACGUUGUAUCUUUUGAAUACCUCAUCGCGACAAUGGUCUCGCGCCAUUCCCCCGGGGUCUCGCCCUUCUGGUCGUUACGGACACACGCUGAACAUUUUGGGCUCGAAGCUUUAUGUGUUCGGAGGGCAGGUUGAAGGCUUCUUUUUCAAUGACCUGAUUGCCUUUGAUUUGAACCAACUCCAGAACCCUGCAAACAAAUGGGAAGUGCUUGUUCAGAACAGCCACGAGGGCGGACCUCCACCAGGUCAAAUUCCCCCGGCGAGAACGAACCACACGAUUGUCACCUACAAUGACAAGCUAUAUCUCUUCGGAGGUACAAACGGGAUGCAGUGGUUCAAUGAUGUCUGGGCGUACGACCCGCACACCACCACUUGGACUGAGAUGGAUUGUGUUGGUUUCAUUCCAACACCCAGAGAGGGCCACGCUUCUGCCCUGGUCGGUGAUGUCAUGUACGUGUUUGGAGGUCGUACUGACGAAGGCGUUGACCUGGGAGACUUGUCUGCCUUCCGAAUUUCAACCCGACGAUGGUUUUCUUUUCAAAACAUGGGCCCGGCACCAUCCCCCCGGUCUGGACACAGUAUGACAGCCUUCGGCAAGCAGAUCAUCGUCAUGGCCGGCGAGCCAAGUUCGUCUCCUCGGGAUCCAGUUGAACUCAGCAUGUCCUACAUCCUUGACACAAGCAAAAUUCGCUACCCUAACGAUUCCCAACCUGGAGGGCGCGUUCCCGAGGCAUCUGGUAGAAAAAUAAGUGUUGAUAAGCAGGGGCCGUCAUCUGGACGAUCGUCCCGUGAAGCCCAAAACCAGCACCCAGAGCAAGCCAUGCGCAAGGGUCCCACGCCCUCUCGAGAGAGCAUGAUCAUGGUGACUUCAGGCUCGAAUCCCAACCUGGGACCAGGAUCUAGACUUCCCCGAGCUUCAAUCGCUCAAGCCCCAGCUGGACCACCGCCUCCUGGGCAAGCCCCGUCUCCUGGCCCUCGAGGCAAUGGUCCUCCGGCGGCCACGAGCCCACGGAGUAAGACUCCGACCAAGAAUGAACGCGGAACCACCCCCACUAUCGAUAUCCGGACAGCAAACGGCGAACGUGAUGAAUCCCCUGUCGCCAAGGAUGCACCGCAAGACUCGCAGGGACCUCCUUCGGCUGGUCGCCGAACUCCCACUCAGCAUCAAAAACCAUCGGUCAAGGCAAUGGAAGCGGGUGAAGCCGCUCCUCUAAUCACUACUCCAGGCCGUCAGCGAUCGCUACGUUCUCAGAGGCAGCGUGGGUCUGUUGAUAGUGGCGAAGAGUCCGUAUUAGGUCGACACGCCAGCAUCGAGGGCUCAAUUGACUCCCGAACCUACCGCAACUCGAAGACUCUCGGUGAUGAGCCUCGUUCCCCCCGCCUCACUCCCCACCAGGAGGCAUUGAUCAAGGAGCUUGAGGUCACCAAAGCUCGAAAUGCCUGGUAUGUAUCAGAACUUGCGCUCGCUAAGAAGGGAGGCUAUGUUCCGAAUGCGACAAGUAGCCCUGCCUUGGAUGAACGGGCUAGUGACGCCUUGAAUGACGAGGACCGUCCCCUCAUCGAGGCCUUCUUGGCCAUGCGAGCGGACUUGGUCAAAAUGCAGGCCACUGUUGACCGGCAGGCUGCUAUCGCCUCGAAGCGUGUUGCAGAAGUGGAGCACCAACGUGACAUGGCUAUCAACGAGGCAGCAUAUUCGCGGGCCAAGCUCGCUGCCCAUGGUGGCAGCCAGCGAAGCACCCCGCAGCCCGAGAGUUCGCGUGAUGGCGAUGAUGAGCGUCCUACUGAUAUGGGCCGCCGCCUCGCCCUGGCCCUGGCUUCCCAAGCUGAGCUCAAGGCCAAAUUGGAUCUCCAGACGACCGAGCUAAUGCAAGAACGUCAAGCAAAGGACCUUGCCGAAGAAACAAACGAGGCAACCCGCAAACGCUUGGCAGAACUGGAGAUGCAAAGCAAUACUCUGGAGGCUGAGAACCUACGUGCAGAGCUCCACCGGGCCGAAGCCACUUCUAGAGAAGAGGCCUCGUUGCACGCGGAAGCGGAGGCCUCACUGCGACAACUCACUCUAGAUAAGGAAGAGCUAUUGGCACAGCUUGAAGAGUCAUCUGCUCGUCUCAAGGACUUUGGUUCCAACUUCGGUGGCUUAAGAGAUGCUGUUGCUGCCUCCGCUGCGAAGACCGCCAUAGUCGAACGGCAGCUGUACGAAGAACGUGAGCGUCGGGAGGGGCUUGAGAGAAAGCUUUUGUUGCUCCGCUCCGAGCACGAGGAGCGAACCACAGAUCUCGAAAAUGUUACCCGUCGUCUGCGUGAUGCGGAGGAGUUGGCUGAGAGCCACGCAAAGGAAGCCGAGACCCACAAACUGGCCUUUGUUUCGGGCUUAGAACGUGCAUCGUCCACGGACUUGGAUAAUUCUAUUCGCUCGCGUGCCGACCAGCGAGUGGCUGCGUUGGAAGCCCAGAUCGAACGUUCGAAUACUCUGGCCAAGGCGAACCAGGCAGCAGCAGACGCCGCGGCGGACAAGCUCCGCCUUGCCGAGGAACGGAUUGCAGGCCUGGAAGCCUACCAGGAGCAGGCUAGCCGUGAAGGCCUGCAGCUUCGCAGACAGCUCCAGACCGCUAUGAAGGAAAGUCAGUCUGCUGCCACAGACAGCAGAGACCUCAAGUCUCAGCUCGAGACCCAGCAGCGUGAGGCCGGUGCUCUCGCAAUCCAACAUGCCGCUUUGAAAGAUCUUCUCGGUGAGCGUGGCAUCAGUAAUGAUACCAGACGUUCCCCCCUUCUUGACUCCCCAGGGUCCCGUUUCGGCACUCCUGAACAGGGUCGUUUGCGGGAGCUGGAACAGCAACUCUCCGCCAGCAUCAAGGCUCAUGAAGAUCUGAAGAAUAGCUUCGAGUCUCGCGAGCAAGAGGCUGACCGAACAUUCCGAGAGAAACUGGAGCAGCUUGAGAACGACUACCAAUCAGCUGUCCACUACGUCAAGGGCACCGAAAAGAUGCUCAAGCGCAUGAAGGAUGAGUUGAGUCGCUACAAGACUCAAAAUGCCAAGAUGCAGUCUGAGCUUGAAGCUGCCCAAAGAGGCCUUGAGGAUAACGACCAGCCCUCCGGAGAUUUGACAGAGUUAGAAGCCGAGCGGGCCCGGCUUCAACAAACAGUUUCCGAAAUCGAAGCGCGCACAACCGCCUCAAUUGCCAACCUUGAGGUUCGGAUUUCUCAGCUUCAGGGAGAUCUGGAUGAAGCUACGACUGAAAAGCAACAUGCCCAGAACGAACACGAGCGUUUCAGACAAGAACUUCUUUCUGCUGCGGAGCGUAGUCGAACCGAGCUGGAACAACUUAAGCAAGAGAAUACCGACCUUGAAACCCGUGCCUCGGAUGCAGAGCAAAAGGUCAACAUGCUUUUGGAGCAGGUUCAAACAUCUGUCGGUCACUACCGCCGUCAGUCGCAGCAUGGUACAGGCACUAACGGCAUCUCGCGCUCUCACAGCAACGCCUCUAGCAGCACCGUCGGCGGGGGAAAUGGUCGGCCUCGAGCUGAUAGCAACGUCUCGCAAGAGUCCUCUUUCCCCGAUAACCGUGGCUCCAUGGCGCUGGACUCUCUCGCCAACGAGCUCGAUGCGCUGCGUACCCACUGGGAAAGCACCAAUCGCAACUACCGCCUGAGCAGCCAGCUGGAUAUGGAGCGAACCCCCACCAAGGAUAACAGUGAUGGCCCCGCCCUAAUGAGCGAUAGCUUGGCCGAGUGGAGAAGAAGACUUGAUGAAGAUGAACGGGCUAGUCUUCCCGUCAAAACCAAGCCAUUGACUGCAGGAGUUGGACCCGAAGGUCCCAACGUGAUCUAA